AUGUCCAGUAAGUUCUACCCCGACUUCUGCCAGGGCGAUAGAAAGUACCAACAACAUACCCAACACAACAUGCCGGCCUUGACGCUACACCUCUUCUCCCUUAAUAUACCUUCCCAAUUUUUCCUGCGGCGCCUACGUGAGCACCGAAUCGAGAUCGUUGUUUCCUCACGUCCUCAACAUAUCGUGAUCCAUCCGUCCCUUAUCGACCAAAACGCUCUCACCUCGCAUCCAUGGGAUCUGUUAACCGUCCUCCGAAUCCCGGGUGAUAAGCCCGUCCUCCCGAUCGACCUCCAAUCUGCCGUCCGCGACGAAUACAAAAUUCUGGUCGGGAUCCCGUCAAAGCUCCUAACGACAUAUGCCGAGCGCGAUGAGAAGCUGAAGCACGAAACGUCCUCGAUUCCAUUGACCGGAUCGUUGGAAAAGGCACAGUCGCAGGCGCGAUCGACGUCGCAGAAUCUCGAGGUGUCGCCGGAGUUGCUCGCGUUCAUGGAAAAGUUGACGAGGGAGUAUGGUGAUCGACCGGUGACCAUGCUGAAUUUGCUGCAUUUUCAUCAUCCCGAUGGGAAGAAGAGUUAUUAUCAAUAUGGCCAGGCAUUUAUUCCUGUCGCUGGGAAGCGAGGAGGAAAUGCCAAGCUGGUUGGUAACGUGAUUAAGCCUACGAAGAAUGAUCUUGACUCCCGGGGUGAUUGCAGUCGGCCGGAGCAGGAGUGGUGGAAUGAGAUCUCCAUCGUGCAUUAUCCGUCUAUUCGACAUUUCUGCGACAUGCUUGCGGGGGAGGAUUAUCAGGCUAUCAAUGAGAAGUAUCGACUAUCGGCUCUUCGUGAUACGUUCCUACUGUGUACUACCGAAUGGAAUGUUGAUACUGCGAGAUUGUAG